AUGUCCCUUUCGCUCGCUGCAGCCAUCCCGCGCACAACCGGUCGCUGGGUCUGCUCCCUGACUGCGACUCGCCAGCGUCUCUUCCACUCCUCCGCCAUCUCCAGGGCUGCCGCUGCCUCGCCCUCGCAGCAGCUCCAGGGGCACAAUGACUAUUCGCAGUAUGGCAAGACCUUUGACAAGAUCCUGAUUGCCAACAGAGGAGAGAUUGCAUGCCGUGUCAUCAGGACUGCCAAGAAGAUGGGCAUCAAGACCGUCGCUAUUCACUCGGAUGCCGAUGUCAACAGCUUGCACGUCCAGUUGGCCGACGAGGCUGUGAACGUGGGUCCCGCGCCAACCUCCCAGAGUUACCUGAACAUCCCCAACAUCAUCAAGGCCAUCAAGGACACUGGCGCCCAGGCUGUUCACCCAGGUUACGGCUUCUUGUCUGAGAAUGCUACAUUCGUCAAGGCUUUGGAUGAAGUCGGAGUGACCUUUAUUGGGCCCUCUGAGGACGCCAUGGCUGCCAUGGGAGACAAGAUCCAGAGUAAGAUCAUUGCCAAGGAGUCCAAGGUCAACAUCAUUCCCGGAUUCAACGGUGUCGUCCGCGAUGUCGACCACGCCCUCGAGAUUUCCAACGAAAUCGGAUACCCAGUCAUGCUCAAGGCCUCUGCUGGAGGUGGAGGAAAGGGAAUGCGUAUUGCCUGGAACGACGAGGAGGUUCUGGAGGGUUACAAGAUGGCCAAGACCGAGUCCAUGGCCUCGUUCGGUGAUGACCGUCUCUUGAUCGAGAAGUUCAUCGAUAACCCUCGCCAUAUUGAGAUCCAGAUCAUCUCGGACAAGCACGGCAACACUCUCUACCUGCCUGAGCGUGAGUGCUCGAUCCAGCGCAGAAACCAAAAAGUCAUUGAGGAAGCCCCAUCGACCCACAUUGAUGAGAAGACGCGCAAGGCCAUGGGAGAGCAAGCCGUGAUGCUGGCCAAGCAUGUCAAGUACUCGUCCGCAGGAACAGUCGAGUUCUUGGUCGACUCUGCCCGCAACUUCUACUUCUUGGAGAUGAACACCCGUCUCCAGGUCGAGCACCCCAUCACCGAGUACAUCACCGGCAUGGACUUGGUCGAGCAAAUGAUCCGUGUUGCUGCCAACCAGAAGCUGAUCCCUAAGCAGGAGGACAUCAAGAUCAAUGGCUGGGCUAUCGAGUCCCGUGUCUAUGCCGAGGACCCCGAGAAGUACCUCCCUUCGAUCGGUCGUCUCUCCAAGUACAUCGAGCCCAAGUCAACCAAGGGCCAGAACGAGGUCCGCUGCGACUCUGGAAUUGUCGAGGGAUCUGAGAUCAGUAUCUACUACGACCCCAUGAUCUGCAAGCUCUGCACCCACGGUGCGACUCGUGAGGAGGCCAUUGAGAACAUGAAGCAUGCUCUGGACUCGUAUGUCAUCAAGGGUGUCACGCACAAUAUCCCUCUCUUGCGUGAGGUCGUCUCGCACGAUCGCUUUGCCUCGGGCAAGUACUCGACAAAGUUCUUGGCGGAGGAAUACCCCACCGGAUUCAAGGGCCAUGCGCCUAACCCAAGCUCGCUCGCCCAGUUGGCUUCCAUGGCCGGUUUGAUGCAUGUCAAGCGUGAGCUCCGCAACUGGGCCUGGGGCCGUGGUCGUGAGGCCUUGUUGAAGGAGGAUCUCCAAGGAAAGGCGCCCCACAGCUGGGAGCUUUUUAUCGGUGUCCAGGGAGUUGAUGAGAAGGUCCCUGUCAAGGUCGAGAAGGUCGGCAAGGGCGCCAACAACGAGGAUGAGUUUGAGAUCCAUACUCCCGGUAUGGCUCCUUUCAAGACCUCGACUCACUGGCCUCUGGAGUCUCCCUUGAUCUCCCAAAAGUUCGAUAAUGGCGAGGAAGUCACCCUCCAAUACCUCGAUACGCUCCCCCUGGGCUUCCGCGUCCAGCACUUGGGUACGAAAUUCGAUAUCACGGUCAACAAUCCUGCCCAGCACGCCCUCUCAAAAUACAUGCCCAUCAAGGAAAAGGCUUCGACGACCAACAUGAUCUUGUCGCCCAUGCCUGGCUCCGUCGUCUCUGUUGAUGUCAAGGUUGGAGAUGUCGUUGCUGAGGGCACCGCUGUCGCGACCAUCGAAGCCAUGAAGAUGGCGAACGUCCUUCGAUCUGUCCGUGCCGGUGUUGUCAAGAGUGUCAUGGUUAAGCCUGGUGACUCUGUUGCGGGAGAUGAACUUUUGGUCGAGUUUGAGGAUGAGGCCAAGGAGGCCGCCAAGGGCGAGGAGAAGAAAUAG